AUGGAUUUGAACAAAUUGGAGGAGGCGCUUCAAAAAGAUCCAACGCAUGUUACAGUAGAUGAGCUUAAUGAUUGGUACGAGCUGUUCCUGGCUGUAAGUUUAUGUUUUGUUGUAAAAUACGAUUGUAUAUGAAAGGACAUACUUUACUGUCUUAUUGCACAGUUUAAAGUAAAAUGGUCUUUUACUUUUGGUUUUACAAAGCUUUUUAUAUUAAGGACAGGUGUUAAUCCCGACUUACUUAUAAGUCCAUUUUCACUGUGUAAAAACGUUAAAAAGUAGAAAAAUGUAAUUACGUCGUACUUUACAAAGUCUACCGAGUAAUGCACGCUAUGGUCAUUUGAUCGUUUUUAGUUUUUUACGUCAAAACGGGCUUUUUUAUAUUAAACAUGGCAAUUUUGCUAGCUCUGAACACUUUUACUCAUAAAACUUUCGUUUUUUAACAUUUUAAGAUUUUGUUUUUUGGUUUGGGUAACAGAAAGCAUUCUAAAAGUUAAGUCCAGUUUACAAUUUUGAAGAUUUAAAAUUAAAAAAGUUAUGACCAUUUAAACGGGCAUUAGUGCUUUAACAUGGUGUAUGAUAUAAUUUUAUUGUUUUUAGCACGAAAUAGUUGGGAAUGAGCCGCCAGAAGACUUGAACUUGAUCUACAGAGGUGUGAAAUGGCUGAUGCAAUACGAACAUGCUAAUGCUGAAGAACUCAGAGAGCUAGCUGAACGUGAAGCCAUUGAGAACGCCGAGAAGGAAGAGACUUGGGAGUUGGAACGGGAGAAUUUAAUGGUUAGUUUAGGUGUUUUAUAGAGUAGGGUAGAGUAAAAGUAGAGGUAGUAUACGUAGAGUAUAUUAAAGUAAAAAGUUUGUCUAAAAUUGUGCCGACCGGUCGGUAUCAACUUAUUCUACCUUAUCUUUCAGGAGCAAAUUUCCGAACUUCGAGAGAAUAUCACAAGCAAAGCUGGAGUCGAUAUGACAAGUGAGGCAUUCCGAGCAGAAAUCGACAGUUUGCGAGCUGAAAACAGUCAUCUGAAGCAGAUCAAUCGAGACCGGGACAUAGAGUUGGCUGAACAAAGGGACAAACUCGAGGAGUUGAUGGGUAGGAUUGGGAUUCUGGAGAAUGAACGAAGGAAUUUGACUAAUGCUGUAAGUUUUGGCGUGAAAAGAUAUUGGAAUUAAGAUUUUAGUAAUUCUUUAGCUGGUUUUUAUUUGAAAUUAAAUGUUUUAUGGGUUUGUUACCUAAAUGUUUUUUUCUUUAUUUAAGUCUUAAAAUUUAAAAUUCUUGUUAGUCUGUUACCUAAAAAUACAGAAUUUGGUAUUUGUUACCUAAAAUUUUAAGUAUCUUAUCCGCUUGUUACCUAAAAUUUUAUUUUAUGUUAGUUUUGACUUAGAAAUUCAAGUUUUUUGUCAAUUUGUUACCUAAAAGUACAUAUUUUGCCAUUUUUUAUUUAAAAAUUUAUGUUUUUUAUUAAUUUAUUGCCUAAAAAUACAGAAUUUUGUCACUUUACAACUAAAAAUUUAAGUUUUUUAUUAGUUUUUUACUUAAAAAAAUUUAAUUUUUUUUUCCAUUUUCUACCUCAAAAUUCAAAUUUCUUAUCAGUUUGUUAACAAAAACCCUAAUUUCCUGCCAUUUUUCAGCAAAUCCAACUAGAAGACGCGAACCGUGAGUUGAACCGCCGUCUAGCCAGAUCCGAUGAAAUCCCCAUUGGUGACCGGUCGGACUCGCGAAUGCUGAGGCAACGUCACGAACAAGCGAUCGAGCUGAGUAAUCAAUUGAGAAGUGUCAUUCAACAAAACGAAGAGUUAGAGAAGCGGGCUGAGAACCUGAGUCAAUCGUUGGAAGAAGCUACAGUACUCAUUCGGGAAGCGAAUUUGAAAAACGAAAAUUUGAGAGAACAAUUGGACAAAGCCAAUCAUACUUUGGAUCAGGUGGCUGAGGAGAAUGUUAAUAUGAAAAGGAUUGUAGGUUUUAGUUUUAUUUUUUUGACUUUGGGGUAAUAUAGACAAGGGUUGGUUUUUUAACUAAAUUUUCAAAAAAAUAUGCCGAAAUACUUCAAAAACGACGUAUUUUACAAAAAAAUUAGCAAAAUUUAAAAAACUAAAAUGAAAAACCUUAAUAGUCAUUUUCAAACCCACUUUCAAUUCAAAAACGAAGUAAAAACAGCAAAAAGAGCCUUAGCCCGAUGCGGGGCUCGAACCCGCGACAGCCAGAUUAAGAGUCUGGUGCUCUACCGACUGAGCUAACCGGGCACACUUGUUUUUCGCUUGUUUUAAAGGUCGCCUUAGGCUUUUUAGGCCUACGAAGGUUAGAAAAAAAAGAUAAAAAGCAUGUUUUAUCAUGUUUUAAAAUGAGGUGAUACAAAAUUUUGAUUAAACAAGUUUUAAAAAUUGAUUUUUUAAUACAUUUUUUCUUAAUUUUUAAAGUGUAUUGCUGUGCAAAAGCACGUUUUUAGGCUUAAUUUUGACGGAAUAGGCUUUUUGGAAGAAAAAUUGUAAACUAUAAUUUCAGUUGGAUGGAAAAGACGAACAAUUGUUUGCGUCGAAGAAAUCGACCGAAAUGACUGAAAAACAAUGGGAAGAUUUGGUGAGACAAAAGGAAAUUCAACUUCAUCGACUUCGAGAUCAUGUCAAGAAAUGCGAGGUAAAUUCAAGUUUACUAUUGUAUUUUACACUGUAACCUAUUCCGCUUCUGUAUUGAUGACGUAUUUUAUCUACAGCUUUUGAUUUUUUCAAAAAAAAAAAUUUUUAAUUUUUAAAAAUAUUUUUUUUAAAAAUAUAAUUUUAAGUGAAAUCUACUGUUUAUCAUACACUUUUUUAUCAAUUUUAACAUUGUACUAGAUUUACCUUUACAAUUCAUUCAAUUUCAGGCCGAAAUCAGCGAGCUCCAAGCCAAAAUCCAGUCCGACUUCACGUUAGAACGUGAACAAGAACUAGAAAAACUUCGAAUUGAACUAAUAGAAGCCACGAACAUAGCUCGUCAAUUGUUCGGAGAAGCAGUCCAGACAGAAACAAAGCCGGAUCCGAAUAGUCAAAUUCGAAAUAGAAUUGUCACCAUCAACACCGAGCUGACCGAAUGCAGGACUCAGCUAGCCAACGUGGAAAGCGAAAAGAAAUCGUUGGAAAAGCAAAUGGAGAGCAAGGAUGAACAAUUGGCCAAAAGUCAUGUCGAGUUGGGCAGGUUACGACAGGUAGGGGGUUUUUGGAGGUAUGGGGUGGGUUUAUUUUGUCGUUUUUAAGGAUUUUGGGCGUGGUUUCUUAAUUUUUUUUUAAAUUUUGGGCGUGGGCGAUUAAUUUUUUUAAUAAAUUUGUGUUCGGUUCAUUCCUUGUGGAGAAAUCUUGACCAUUUUGAAAAUUUUUAAUUGGAGGAGAAGAGACGUCGCCAUAGGGGCAGAGUAAGGGGGUAAACGGGGGGUUACUACUGGCAGGUCCAACUAGAUUUACAUUAAUGUAAAGAUUGCUUUUAAAAGAACAAAAUAGGUGCCAAAACACUGUAAAUCGACCAGUCGAUAAUUCUUAUUCGAACUCUUGCCUUUAAAAGAACAAAAAAGGUGCCAAAACAGUAUAAAUCGACCAGUUGGUUAUUUCUAAUUCAUUUUUGAGACAAGUACAGUAUCUUACCGUAGCUACAACGUUAGUAGGUAUGAUACUGGCAGACCCUACUAGAUUUAAAUUAAUGUAAAAAUUGCCUUUAAAAGAAUGAAAUAGGUGCCAAAACAGUAUAAAUUGACCAGGGUAGAGUAAGUUAUAAUAGGGUAAGGCUGGGAAAGAAUAGGAUAGGGUAAGAUAAGGCAGAGUGGAGAAGAGUAGGGUAGGGCAGGGAAGAUUAGAGUAGGAGCUUUUAUGGUAGAGUAGAAUACGGAAAAGCUAGUUUACAGCAAGCAGGGUACGGUAGAGUAAGGUUUUUAAGUUUUAAUAUUCAAUAGUAGAGCUUUAGAGAACUACAACUAGGUCAAGAUCAAUUUUUGUAAAAUACGUUUGUAAAAUGCUUUUGAAUUUUAAAAAUGAUGAUUUAAUACUGAUACCUAAUAUGUAAUAUUUCAGCAACUGUUCGGAAGUGCUGAUGAAUUUGUACGUGAUUUGGAGCGACAAUUGGAAUUCAGAGACCGACAGAUCGCUCAACUGACAGUCAAGUGCUCUUUACUACAAUUGGAAUUGGAAAAAGAGGAGGAACAAUCUACUGAAGAUAUUGUAGUAGAUGCUAAUGAAGAUAAGCUAAAGAAAUUGAAGAAAAAAAUUGACCAGUCGAAGGAAAAACCACCCAAACCUCCAAAACGGGUGAAAUCAGAAAAGACUUCAGAAUCUUUGAAAAGAAAAGCUAAAAGUGAAGAUAAAGAUGAUAAGGAUGAUAAUGAAAAAGAAAUAAGUCAGCCAAGCUCACCAGCUAGCACCUCAAGUAGUUUGGAUUGGGAAGAAGAGAAGGAGCGUCUUCGGAAGGAACUCAAGGCUAGAAGAACAAAAGAAGCUUUGGAGUUCAUUGAAAACAUAUCUAAUGAGAUCAGUAGCACAGUACCCUUUGAUGCCAUUGCCCCUAUGUAUCAGCAGCUCAAGGAAGCUCAUACGGUAAGUAUUCUUGUUAUAGGAGGUAGGGUAAUGUAGGCUAGAACAGGGUAGGUUAUAUGAUGCAGACAUAAAGAACCCUCCAUUUUUUACAGGAAAUUAUAAGAAAAGUAUGGCGGGUUCUUUAUGUCGGCACUUAUAGUAAGGCAGGGUAUUGUAAAGCUGGGUAGGGUAGAGAAGGGACGGUAAAAAAGGAUAAGGUAGGUUAUAGUAGGGUAGGAAGAAGAAGUGUAAGGUAGGGUAGGUUAGAGUAGGAUAAUGUAGGGUAGGAUAAUGUAAGGUAGGGUCGGUUAUAGUAAGUUAGGACAAUGCUGUACUGUACUCAAAAUACGGCACGGUAGAGUACGACUUAGAAUUUAAGCGACGUGCAGGGUAUAGUAAGGAAUAGUACGGUUAAUUAUGGCAUUUUAGUGUGGUGAGAGUGUACAAUGUAGAAUAGGGUAGGGUAAGGAAGGGUAUGAUAUGGUGGGGUGGCAUAAGUUAGGGUAAUGCAGGGUAGAGUAGAAUAAGGUUAUGUGGGACAGACAGGCUUGGAUGUAGGGUGUUGCCCUCUGUGCCUGACCCGGCCCAGCCCUGCUUGAAGACCUUGCACCGGGCAGGGCCCAAGCGGGCUCGGUAUCAAGGCCGCAAAUUGGGCCCUGCCUUACGUCCAAGCCUGGGGGCAGACUAUAGAAAUGAAGGUUGAGGUAGGGUAAAGAAUUGGUCAGGUAGGGUAGAAUAGAGUAGGGUGAAGUUGCUUUACUUAAAACUUUUCUCUUACAUUUGCUAUAUGUUACGAAAGCUUUCUUGUGAAUCCAUGAUGGUUAUACAUAAUAAUAUAAAUUUAUUGCGAUAAAUUAAUGACAUGUAGAACAAGGUAUAACAAAACGAGACCCUUCUGAAUCCCCUCCGACGUUUGUUUGAUGAGCUGCCGGCCCAAGUAGUAUAGUGGUUAGUACUCCACGUUGUGGCCGUGGCGACAUCGGUUCGAUUCCGGUCUUGGGCAGCUUGCUUUUUUACGAUUUAUUUUACUUUUUGGGUAGAUUUUGAGUUGAAAAGGGUAGCUAAGUGGAAAAUAAGGUAAUAUUUUUAAAUUUGGGUUUAAAAAAGAAUAAUUUCUGGUACUACAACAUAGUUUUUGGCUAGUUUUUAAUCGAUUUUGAGUUCGAAAAGCUUGUUUUCUUUUAAAAUUAAUUUUUUCAGAAAUCGGAACAAAAAGACGACCUACUUCAAUCUCUUCAAUCAUCUCUAAACUCUACAAAAUCGACCAUUUUAACCCUAAAAACACAACUUCAGAAGUCUCAAACCGAACUCUCCGACUUCAAAGACACCAUACUAGGUCCAGAUUGGCAAAACCCAAAUGACUCAACUCUAAAACAAGAAAUAGAAGCCCUAAAAGCGGCCAAUUCUGAGUUACAAUACCUGGCUGAUGUUGUAAGACUAAAUGGAUCAGAUUUUGAAAGAAGAUUUGAAGAAAGUACGAGACGAUUGGUACACUUGAGCAUUGAGAAUGGUCGAUUAGAAAGACAGCUUCAGAAUGUGAAGAAGUUGAAAGAGGUGAUUGGGACACAAUAUCAAACAUGCCAGUUGAAGUUGACCGUGAUGGAUGAGGAGAAUAGCAAAAGGAUUAGAGGUUUGGUCAAGGAGAAUGUAAGUUGGGUGGGGUAGUAAAGGUUGUUGUAUUAUAUUUUAGGGUAAGGUUGGGUACGGUAGAGUAGAGUAGGCCAAGGUAGGAAACGGUAUUUUGUUCUAGGAUGAGAUAGGGAAGGGUUGGAUAGGAUACGAGAAGCUAGGAUACGAUAGGGCAGAGUAGGGUAGGGUAAAAAAUAAUGCCGAAUUUUAGGGUGCGGUAGGGGUGGGUAAGGUAAAUUACGGUAUGGAUAGGUUAGGUCUGGAUGGAGUAUUGCCGCUUAAGACAAAAUACAGUAGGAAGCGGUAUGGUAAGGUAGCGUAAGGCAUAAAUUAGGAUCGAUCAAACUAAGUUAGGUUAGAGUAUGGCAAGAUAAUGUGGAUUAAGGUAAGGCAACGUAAGGUAGAGCAAAGUAAUGUUGUGUUGGGCAGGGUAGUGGUGGGUUAGGGUAAUGUAAGGUAGGGUAGGGUAACGUAUGGUAGGAUGGUGUAGGGUAGAGUAACGUAGGGUUGAGUCGGCAAGAUAAGGUACGGUAUGGUAUGGUAACGUGGAGUAGGGUAGUGGAUGAAGAACAGUAUAGGGUAAGGCAAAGCAAGCAGAGAGUAAAAUAAAACUAAAAUACAGCCAAAUAAAGCUUGAAAAUUUUAAAUUUUAAAAAUUUCAGGACCAAAGCAUAUUGGAAAUAGCACGACUUCAAAACUUGAUUUUCCAUUCUGUUCCAAUGAAAACUUACAAUUUGUUACUCAAAAAGUACAAAGAAUUACUACACAAUUACACCGUGUCGAUAUUGGGAAGAUCAGAAGAAAGUGUUGAUCCUGGAUACGAAAGUGAUGUAAGUCUCCGUUUGUAAAGAAAGUUUUUGCCAUUUUAUCAUUUGUAAAGAAAGUUCUUGCUAUUUUAUGAUUUGUAAAAAAAGUUCUUGCCAUUUUAUGUUUUGUAAAGAAUGUUUUUGUCAUUUUUAGUUUUUUGCAGCUUGCGGAUGACAAGUUAUACGAUAACUUACAUUUUUUGCGUUGUAUAGAAAGUUCUUGCCAUUUCAUGUUUUGUAAAGAAAGUUUUUGUAGUUUUGUUGUAAAAUAAGGGGUAUAAUUUUAAUAUAUAUAAAUCUGUUUAAUUUUUCAUUUUAAAAUGAUUUUCAACUAAAAAUGGAUUUUCAGUUCGAAACCUCAAACUUUGACCUCUCUCUGCUUCCUACCUUAACAUCAGAGACCUCUCCAGAAGAGUUGAUAGUAGAAAACAACGACCUUCGCGAACGUCUUCAGAUUCUCGAAGGUCAACUCCAGUUUUGGCAACGGAAAAACGACGAAAAACGCGAAGAAAUCGACCAUUUCCGGAGUUUUCUGGAAGAAUUCAAGAAGGAAACGGACCUGAAGAGUAUGCUAGCCAACAUCCAAGACCGAUUCAUAAUGGCACUGAGGGAGAAGAACGAUGGGUACGAGGAACAAAUGGCCAAUGAAAGGGAGUUGAAGAAGCUGAGGAAGGAACUGAGCUCGGUCAAAAAGUUUUGGAAAACGGAUCGACAAAACUUGGUUCAGGUGCUUCAGGCCAUGCAGUUUAAUAUUGAGGUAGGUUAUUGUGGUUUAUUUUGCUCUACUUUUGUUUAUUUUACUCUAUUUUUGUUUCUUUUGGCCCUACUGUCGGUUUAUCAAAUUUUACCUUACCUUGCCUUACUUUACUCUAUCUAUAUCCACAAAGUGUAAGGUAAGGCAGGGUAAGGUAAGAUACGACCGGCGUAGAGGAAAGUAAGGUAGUUAUCAUAUUCUACAAUGUAUUUCUAUAAGCUAUUGUACCCUAUCAUACUCUACCACAAAAUAUACUAUUUUACCUUACCUUAAGUUAGUCUAUAAAAAGUAAAUUAAGAUGACUAUGGUAAUCUACUAUGUCUUAUUAUAAGCUAUUGUACCAUACGCUGCCUUGCUUAGUAACACUGUUCUACUGUAGCACGCUCAACCUUAACUAUAUCGAAGCUUUGUCUAGCAAUACCUCCACUAUGUCACAGAUUUUUUUGAAGGAAUGAGGGAAGGGGUAGGUCCACAUUCAUUCGCCUUCCUCCCCAUCUUAGCUACGUCUCUGACUCUAUCUUAUCCUACACUGACUAAAAAUGAAAUUUUAAAUUAAAAAUUUUCAGAAGCUCCGAGCCAAAACAGCCAAAUCCCUGACGGUUGAUCAACUUCAUGCUCUAGCCCAGCUGUCACGAGAAAUGAAAGAAAAGUUGGAGUAUCUGACAGACAAAUCGAAAGAAAUUGAAGUCAAAGAAAUCGAAGCCGCAGCUUCUCGAACGAGCUACGAAGCCAAGAUGGAGAGUAUCGAAGAACUACUGAAACAUAAUUCAGAUUUGGAGAGAAGUCAAAACAGAAUGGCAGCCAUUUUGACACAGUUUAACUUGUUGAAGAGUGAACAGGCUAGGAGUGAAAACAAGGUAGGUUUACAUGUUAGCCUUACUUUGCUUUACAAAAAUUUUUUUUGUGAAAAAUAUUCUUUGAAUAACGUAUUAAAAUGGGACCAGAGUAGUAUUAAAGUAGAGGUAUUGCUGGGGCUUUGUUAUAGUUUUCUAGUUAGAGCAGGGUCGAAUUAAAAGCACAGUAAGGUGGGCUAGGAGAACGAUAAGCUAAUACAGAGGAAAUGAUGAGAAAGAACACAGUAAUUUAGGUUAGGAUUACUGUUGUAUGGUGAAGGGAUAAUGUAGAGUAGAACUAGAUUUCAAUAGGGGAUGAGGUAGUGUGAGCCACUGUAAUGAUACAGUAAAAGAAUCCAAAAUGGCGUAGCGAUACCGUAGGCUUAAUUCAGCAGGGUGGGGCAAGAUUGAGCCGGGCAGAACAAUGUUGAGCAGGGUAAGGUAAGUUGGGUAGGGUAGGGUAAGGCUGGAAAGGGUAAAGUAAGCUUGAACAAGGCAGAAAAAGGUUGGGCGGGGUAAGGUUGAACAGGGUAGGGUAAGGCUGGACAGGGUAGGGCAAAUUUGUGCAGGGUAGAGAGUAGUUAUAAGAGUUACUUUCGCCAAGAUGCCCUGUGUUUUCGGGGACAAAUCGCGAGGCAGAUGUUUCUCCGAAACCUAUGGGAGGGGUGUCGAAGUUGCUAAGGGUGUUUGAGGGAGAAAAAGUUGCGAAAGCUUCUGAACUUAUUGAAUAAUUUCAUUAUGUGGUUUAAUAUGUUUCAUUAGUAUAUUAACACAUGUUUUAAUUUAAGUAUCUUGAUGAAUUCAAGAGAUAUUUUUAUUCAAAUUUCAUUGAUAAAAUAUAUAACUUUAAAUUAAAUUAAUAUUAUACUUCAAUUUAAAUUUCAAUGAUGAAUUCAAUAUUUACUUCAAUAUUUAUUCCAACGUUCAAUAAUGUAAUAUAUAUAUAUUAAUCAAUUUAAAAAGAAACUAUAGAGGUAGUUUUGCUUUAAUCCAAAUCAAAACUUGAACAACGGUUGUAUUGCAAAACAACUCAUCAUAGUAUGAUAAAAGUUCCUCUCUGAUUCAUUUUUCAAUUACUUUUUUCACUAAUGUUUCGAAAGUGCCAUAAUUAUACUUUCACACGUCUUGGGAUUCAGCGUGAUUCCUCGAAGUUUCAAGUCGUACUCCACCUCACCAGGGUACAAAUCUCGUGACUUUAACGCGACUGAUGUGAAAUACGUAAGCAGUUUUCGAAUUUUCAAGUGGUUCUUGUUGCUACCAGAAAUACCGUAUGACAAUGGCCGAAACAAACAAUUGCCAUUUCCUUCUACGUGGAUUACAUCAGACUCUCUUACUGGCAUGUCGCUUCGGAAAUUACGCGGUCUUGGCCAUAUCCUAGAAAACCAGACCUCUAAUAAAGUAUUUUAUUCGAAAGUUUGUACUGAUUAGUACGGGCAUAACAAAAAAAUAUAUAUAUUUCAUUAUUGAAAGGUAUAUUGAAAUAAAUAUUGAAGUAAGAUACUGAACUUAACAACGAAGUGUAAAUUGAAGUAAAUGUAGAAUUCAUCAAUGAAAAUUGAAUUAAAACAUAUAUUAGUACACUAAUGAAAAAUGUUUAGAAUUCACAGAUGAAAUUUAUUCAAUGAGUUCAGCAACUUCUGCAACUUUUCCUCCCCCAACCACCCUUGGCAACUUUCACACCUCACCCAUAGGUUUCAGUGAUACAUCUGCCUCCAGUUUUGUCCUCUACCACAGUGACUUUUGCCCCCGAAAACAAAAAAAAAUGCCCUACUUUUUCCAACCUUACCCUGCCUAAUCUUGUCUUACCUUUCUCAACCCUACUCUACCCAAGCUUACCUUACCCUGCCCAACCUUGUUCUGGCGAAAGUAACUCUGAAAACCAGUGCAUUACCUCGACAGGUCUGAUUUGUUUUUUUUUUUCGGCCCGGUCCGCGUAUUUUCAGGUCCGGUCCAACUCCACCUUGUCUUAGUCUGUUCAACCUUUCCUUACUCUGCCUCACCUUACCUUAUCUUAACUAUCCCUAUCCUGUUCACCCUUACUCUACCGUGCCCUACUUUGUUCUGCACAGCUCAUGCUUGCCCUACCCUGCCCCACCUUACCUUAUACUGUUCACCCUUACCCUACCGUGCCCAACUUUGUUCCGAUUUUUCUGAAGUUGAAGCUUGCUCUGCUCUGUCCAGCAUGGGCAAGUUUGCACAUGGUAGGGUAGACGUACUGUAAGACAGUCCAGAGUACAGUAGGAUAGUGUAGGGGUAUACCUGGGUACUGUAGGGUUCAAAAAAUGUUAUGGUAGGGCACACCCUACAACUAUAGCAUACACUUAUGUAGAGUACGGACGUUUUACCUUGUGUAAGAGUAGAUUAACAAGGAAGGUACCCGACCUGCAACGCUCAGAUUUAAUUUUUUGGGGGGGGGGGAGGUACCCUCUUCCCCAGAGCCGAUCCGAAAAAAAAUUCCGGUACCUGUACGCGAAAAAAUGAAAAAAAUUGAAAAAUCGGUCCACAGGUCUUCCCUACCUGUGGACGAAAAUUUUUUUUUCGACCUCCCCCCUUUCCUAGAGAAAAUCCGUAGCGACGUCCCUGAGCAUGUUGUAGGCUAAGGCAUCUUAAAAGCUUUUUUAUAGAUUUAAGUAGCAUUUACUACAGUAUCUUUUAUGUAUAAUAUAAAGGACACAAUUUUAGUAUUUGAUACUAUGAUACAGUAUAAUUUGGUAUAACUUAUAACAAUUUUCAGAUAAAGACAUUAGAACAGAGUCUACAACAACGUGAAGAUCAAUUAUCAGACCUUCAAGCUGAACUGAACAAUUUCGAGCUUAUGCAAAUUGACCUCAAACUUCUCGAGCACCCACAUCUACCUCAACAUCUAUCACAUAGCCCUCAAUCUACCUCACGAUCUUCCAAACCUCAACAUGAUGACAUUAGUUCUGACUCUUCAAGUGAUAAGGAUCACAUGGAUAACAUAUCGGCCCUACAAGAUGGUACAAACAAUGUUGUGGUACCAGUCAUAGUGGACAACUCAAAGCAGUACGAAGCCGAAAUCAACCGGUUGAAAGAGGCGGCCAAGCUCAGUGUAAAAGCCCUCAAUGCUCAGUUGGACCAAAAGGAUCGUACUAUUGAGGAGUACAAGGUUCUACUACAUCAACUUUCGGCCGAAAAUGAUACAUUGAGGUAUAAGGACGAUGAAGAACCGCUACAGAGUCACGAUGAAGAACGACAGAGAUUCUUGACCCGGCUAUCGAGCUACGAUUCAAAUGAAGACGUGAGUCGAGAGUUGAUAGCUCUGAAGUGGGAGAAGAGAGAACUGGAGGAAGCUAAUGCUAUACUGGCCGAAAGGCUAAAAGAACUACAGGAUGAGAGGAAAGGCAGUGGGCGAAAUAGCACGCGAAGAAAGGAGAGCAGAGAGGCUGCAAGUCAGACGGUUAGAAGACAUAAAUCAAGGUAAGGUUUGGGGUAAGGCAGGGACUGAGAUAUGAGGGGGGGGUGGGAGGAAUGGAGGGGAGAAUUGACCAAAAAGUAUGGGGGGGGUGGAUCCAGGCUCCAGAGCCGAUUUUACCAAUAAAAACCGUCACAGGUAGGGGUGAGAAAUGGACUGUGUAGGCUUAAAAAUAAAACCAAAAAAUACCGUAGGCCCGGAAUUUUUUUGACAGGGCCAGUCCAGCUUAAAGAAUUUUUUUUGACCGGGCCUUUUUAGAAAUGAAUAGCUAGCCCGGUCGCUCCAAAUCAGUCACAGAAUCCUUUUUUUACGUACAUUUCACCUACCUGUGGAUUUUUUUGAACCACCCCCUCCCCACCUCCCAAACGACGUCCCUGACUAUAUCCUACCUUAACAUAGUUUUUUUCCGACUCCUUGUCUACAUACCUGGUCUUACAUUACCUUCUUUUCUUCUACUCUACUCAACCCCAACCUACCGCGCUCUGUCUUAUCAUACUCUACGCUUCUCUACUCUAACUUACCCAACCAGUCCUACCAUGUCGUACCUUAUCAUAGCCUUUUCUACCCCCUCCCUAUACGAAGCAUAUUUAGCGGUUCUCUUUGUUAUCCAAUCAUUAUACCUUUGCUUCUUUAAUCUUAUGUUAUCUACACUUAACAAUUUUAUGUUUUUCAGGUCUAGUGCCCGUUCAACUCGUUCCAAGUCAGUCACAGAAUCCGGCACUUCAUCCGAACCCUCGACUUCAGAUUCGGGCACAGUGGACGACUUUGAAACUCGACCACGCCGUUCCAAAUCUCACAGUAGUCGGUCCAGUCAAGCUUCUAAAAACAGUGCCGAAUCGAAACACAGUUCAGAAUCCAAAGCCACUGGUGGCACAUUCACGAAACAACCAGUGGAUUCAGAAUCGCAACUUUAUCGUCAUCGAAAUGAAGUCAGGAAGUUGAGAAUCCGGCUAACAACCUUGGAAUCCACGAAUCGUGAGCUACGGAAUGAGUUGGAGAGUAUGAAGGAACGGUACCGAUUUCACGGUCAACGGAAUCCGGAUCCGAACGCUGAAGUCAACGUGUUCAGGAGGGACUGUGAACGUUUGAAACGUGAAGUCAACAACCUACAGAAGACGAACGAGGAACAGAGGGGGAAGAUCGAGGAGAUGGAGAAGAAGGCCAAGAAGCAGACGAGCUCUAUUGUAAGUGGGGUACUGUAUUUUUGUGUUUUUGGGGAUUAGGCUACUGCAGUGUAACAUUUUGGGGUAUAUAUUACAUUGUUAGAAUGCUGAUCUUACCUCUUUCUCUAUCCUACCCUGCUUGACCUACUAUACCCUACCUACCCUACUAAACUCUACCAUAUUCUACCCUACCCUAUCAUACCCUACCCUACUCUACCCACACUACCCUAUCUUAUCCUAUUCUAUAUUACCCUACUCUACUCUACCGUACAUUACACUACCCUACUAUACCCUACCUUACUCUACCCUACCCUAUUCUACUCUACCCUAUCAUAUCCUACCUUGCCGUAACUCUACUCCUACCUUUAUUUCUACCCCCUACCUACCCCUACCCUUAUCCCUGUCUCUAAUCAUACCCCUAUCCUCUACUCUUACUAUCACUUUUGCCUCUACUUCUACCACUAUUUCUACCCUUACCGCUACGCUUUAUCUCUUUUCCUUACUCUAUCCGUACCUCUAUUCUUACCUGUGCUUUUACCUUGACUUCUAUUUCUACCUCUACUCCUACUCCUACUCUUAUUUUUUCUCUGUCUUUACCUUUACUUUUACCCUAUCCUUUACCCUUACCCCUACCCUAGACUACCCAGCCUUUUGGUUACUGUAAUUUGAAUUUGUAAGCCCUUAGGCUACUGAACUCAGAGUAUUUGUUCAUUCAAGAUACUGUAUUUUUGAAAAUAUUAGUCUGUGACAUACUGUAUUUUAACCAUUUGUACCUUCAGGAUACUGUAAAGCUAUGGGAAGACAAAAAGCGAAUAGAAGCAGAACGCCAAAGCCUAGACCAAAAAUACGCCAAACUCCAAACAAAGCUGAAAGAACUGCAGAACGGUGUGGAACGGCGAGACAAGCUAAUUGAAAAACUAAAACAAUCGACCGGUAUUAACGUUGGAGCCACGAAUCGACUACAAAAAGAAGUCGAAGAAGGCAGAAAACGGAUAAAUGAAAUGAAAGUAGUUGAUGAACAACAGAAAAAACAAAUUACGGUACUUCAGAAUACUGUAAGGGCCACUACGGAGAGGUUGGAAAUUGUGGCUAAGGUAAGAACAUUGUUUACAGUAAGAUUUUUAACCAUUUUAUUCUGACCUCUACUUCUACCCCUACCUUCAUUCCUACCCAGUACCCUGACUUCUACGCUUACCCCUACUUUAACCUACCGUACUCUACCCUACCAUAGCCUAGCCUACCCCACUCUCACUUACUUUACCCUACCUUACCCUACCAUACCCUACUCAACCCUACCUUACUCUACCUACCCCUACCCUUACUCUUGACUUGACUUCUACUCCGACUUUUACCCCUACCUUUAUUAUCAUUUCUAUCUCUACGCUUAUCCUUACUCUUGCUUUGACUUCUGUCCUCUACUUCUACCCCUACCCUAACUUUUCACUUUACCCUUCCUCGCUUCCACUUCUACCCCCUUCACUACUCUUACUUCUACUUUAACUUCUACCUCUAAUCCUGCUUUCAUUUCUACCUCUACCUUUACUACUACCUCAACCCUGACCUUUUACUCUUACCACUAUUCUUGUCUCUGCUUCCAAUUCUAUUCCUAACCUUAAAUAUGAUCUUACUAUCUCGUUUAUUUUUACUUAUGGUUAUGUUUUUUACCUUCAUUUUACUUUUUUGUGUUACCAUAGUGUUAUCUAAAAUUCUACAGUACCUCUAGCUUAACUAUAGUAAUUUUAAAAAGUAAAAGGAAUAAGAAACCGUAUUUCAGGACCGUCAAUCCCUGGUUCAAAAGAUUCAUCGUCAAACCUCGACUUCUCAACCAGAUUCCUUGUCGAUUUCAGUCCAGACCACUCAAAUUCAAACCAAAUCUCAGCCGUCCUCACCAAUAAAAUCACCAGCUAAACCUUUAUUACCUCAUAGUAAAGGCACUGUACCAACAAAAGGUACUGUAGCAUCCCAUGGUUUUGGAGCUAAAUGUACUGUAGCGUAUCGUGAUGAGAUUGUCGAUGUUACAGUACCUACAAGAGAUUCGAUUCAUCGUUGGACAAACACUUCUCAAGAUUUUGGAUCAAUUGAAGAGGAACAACGACUGGUCGAGCAGGUCAGAGAGGUAGGUAAUAGUGGGGUGUGAUUCAGGAGGGUUGGGUAAGGCAGGGCGUUGUAGCUAAUUAGGGUCGAGUGGGUAGGGUAGGGUAGGGUAUUGUAGGGUAGGAUAGAGUAGGAUAUGGUAGGGUAUGGUAGAGUAGGGUAGGAAUCGUAGGGUACGGUAUAGUUACAGUACUUAAACUUUUCUACUACGUUUGCUAUAUGUUAUGAAAGGUCUCUAGUGAAUCUUUGACGUCUAUAUUAAUAUAAAUUUAUUGCGAUAAAUUAAUGACAUGUAGAACAAGGUAUAACAAAAAGAGAUCCCUCUGAAUCCCCUCCGAAGUUUGUUUGAUGAGCUGCCGGCCCAAGUAGUAUAGUGGUUAGUACUCCACGUUGUGGCCGUGGCGACAUCGGUUCGAUUCCGGUCUUGGGCAGCUUGCUUUUUUGACAAUUUCUUUCAUUUUUUUGGGUAGAUUUUGAGUUGAAAAGGAUAGAUAAGUACAAAAUAAGGUAAUAUUUUUGUAUUUGAGUUUAAAAAAGAGGGAUUUGUGGUAUUAUAAAGUGAUUUUUGGCUAGUUUUUAAUCGAUUUUGGGCUUGAGAAGCUUGUUUUUGUGUUUUUUCUUUUAUUUUUUGCGUUGAUUUUGAGCUGAAACGAAUAUAUAAGUUAAGAAUAAGCUAAAAAUAAGCUUGAUUUUGUCAUCUACAGGGCUUUACUUAACUAUUCUAUGAUUUUUCUAUAGCAACACCACUUUUUUUCAUUUUUAAGCCUAAAUUUCUCUAAAAAUUUAAAUUUUUUCGUUUUUUCAGCUUCGCCUAGCAAACAUGCAGCUUGUGGAGGAGCUAGAGAUAGCGAAGAAGGACUACAAUGUAUUGGAAAUUGAAUUUAACGCUUUUAAAAGUGCGAAACGCCGGUCGAUUCAUGACAAUGCUGCCCUCAGGCUACUGGAAGACAAAUUAAAGGGAAAAGAGAGGGAGAUUCAGCAAAUGGUAAUAACUUUGUUUACAAAUAGGGAAAGAAGUUUGGGAAUUUAGAUUUUUUUAUUUUUUUAAGGUUCUUAAGGCAGGGAUAAAAAUUUUUUAUUUUUUUGAGGGUGGGGGGGGUUAAAACUUUGAAAAAUUGAAAUUUUUUUCAAAAAACGAUUAAAAUUUAAAUUCAGCGCCAGAAAAUAUCCGACUUGGAAAACAACGUGCAAUGGUAUCGCCUAAGGCAAUAG